AUGGCUAGUGUUAAAUUAGAUCAUUCAUUGGGUUCCUCAAUUACCUUAGUAGAUUUCGAUAAUGGAUCUGCUAAGGAUAUGGUAGUCGAUUCAGAUUCUAUAGUUAAUAAUAGCAAUACUAAAUCUUAUAAAUUACCAUAUGAACCUGCUCAUGAAUUUAUUUUCAAUUCUUUGAAAAAAAGAAUUGAAUCCAUCAAUGAAGAUACCUGUGCACCAGGGGAAGAAAAUUCAUUCUUUGUUUGUGACUUGGGUGAAUUAGAAAAAUUAUAUAAAAAUUGGAAGUUGGAAUUGCCAAAUGUUCAACCUUUUUAUGCAGUUAAAUGUAACCCAAAUGAAAAAAUUUUACAAACUUUGGACCAAUUAGGGAUUAAUUUUGAUUGUGCUUCAAAAUCUGAAAUUGAUAAAGUUUUAUCAAUGAACGUUGACCCUGAAAGAAUCAUUUAUGCAAAUCCUUGUAAAGCUUCUUCUUUUAUUAGAUAUGCUCAAACUAAAAAUGUUUUAAAAUCAACUUUUGAUAACGUCGAAGAAUUGCAUAAGAUUAAGAAAUUCCAUCCAAAUUCUGAAUUGUUUAUACGGAUUGCCACGGACGAUUCAACUGCACAAUGCAGAUUAUCAACUAAAUAUGGUUGUGAAUUAUCUGAUGUCGAAAAUUUAUUACAAGCUGUUAAAGAUUUAGAUUUGAAUCUUGUAGGUGUAGCAUUCCAUGUAGGAUCAGGUGCUUCCGAUUUCACAAGCUUAUACCAAGCUGUUAAGGACUCUAGAUAUGUUUUUGAUAAAUGUAUUGAAAUGGGAUUACCGGAAUUGAAAAUUUUAGAUAUCGGUGGUGGUUUCCAAUUUGAAUCAUUCCAUGAAUCAAGUAAAGUCGUACGUGUUGCAUUAGAAGAAUAUUUCCCUGGCGAUAAAGUUAAAUUUAUGGCCGAACCAGGUCGUUACUUCGUUUCUACCGCUUUGACUUUGGCUUCAAAUGUUAUUGCUAAGAGAACCAUUUCCAACAAUGAAGCAAUGCUUUACAUCAAUGAUGGUGUAUACGGCAACAUGAACUGUAUUUUAUUCGAUCACCAAGAACCAAUACCACGUAUCUUAUACCAUAACAAUGAAUUUCAUUAUUAUGAUUUUGAAUCAAGUACGAACAUGUUAAAGAAAAAUGAUGUUUCUAAAUAUCCUCAAAAAGUAUCCAUUUGGGGUCCAACUUGUGAUGGUCUAGAUUGUAUUACAAAGGAAUACUAUUUGAAACAUGAUUUAGAGGUUGGCGAUUGGUUUUACUUCCCAAAUCUAGGUGCAUACACUUCAACUGCAGCUACUCCAUUCAAUGGGUUCCAACAACAUUCCGACACAUUGUACAUCAAUUCCUUAAAAGAUGCACUAUAG